AUGGCCAACCUGCCGCCAGACCGCACGGUCUGGCUCGGCGGCCUUCCCUCCUGGCUGUCGUCGGAGGAGCUGUACCACUGGUGCUGCAGCACUACGUGGCCGGUGUAUGCGGAGGUGGCUCCGAGUGGCCACUCGCUGACAUUUGGCUAUGUCAUCUACAGCUCGCAGGAGGAAGCCGAAGAAGCCGUGACAGCUUUGCCUGCAGGUGUGGCUGGCUACCGGGUCAGCAAACGCUCCGUGCAGCAGCAGCUGGCGAAUGCCACUGCUGCUAGCAAGUCGCUGGCGGUGAAAGGGAUGCUGCCCUGGCAGAGGAGGCAGCAGGCCAGGGCUGGCUCUUCGAAGGGGGCUGGCUCUUCGAAGGACCCUCCAAGGGCACCCUCGACUACCUCGUCUGACGAGCAGGAGGAGUCGGAAAGCGAAGAGGAUGACGAGGUCAUCGAGCCGGAGGGGGCCAGAGCAGCCACUCUUCUGGCUGCUCGGAGGAGAGGUGAAGCUCUCCUCCGAGCAGAAGCGGAGCAAAAAAGAAGGCUCAAGGAGAAGGAAAGAGCCAAGGAGCAGAAAAGACUCCGCAGAGCAGAGGAGGAGGAGAGGGACCCUGCCCAUCCGAACAUGCGAUGCAGCUUUUGGGUGCUCAACACAGCAGCGAGCUGUAGCACCGUAGCCGUGGCCUCAAUGGGGGUCAUGAAGAAGCCUGCUGCAAAGAAGGCAGCCACUCUGCCGCCAGAGGUGACCGAGGCUUUGGAAGUGGUGCCAGGUGUGGAGCAAGAAGACGACCCGGCCGAGAAGCACGAGGAGGAGGCGGACAAGGAGGCGGACCAAGCAGACCCAGAGGGUGCAGAGGAGGAGGAGAACCUCGACCUUGCCGAGAAGGCAAAGGGGUGGGCGGCCCAGUCCGCCACCGAGGACGAAGGCCGCGACCAAGUGAAGGCGAGAAAAUAUCGCAAGUUGUGUGACUCGGGUGCAAUCCCGUCACACAUACAAGAGGCGAUAGAAAAAUCGUCCAGCCGCUCCGGCAAGUCCAAGCUGAUCAAUGCCCUCUUCGUCAAGGAUGGCAACGGCCAGCUCGUGAUGAAUCCCAAGGACCCGGUCUUCAGCAGCACCAAGACGGCGAGCCACGAGAACUACGGCAAGGACGAGCGACUCGGAAAGCCUCGCCACGUGUUUCUGUGGGAGACGUACCACGGAAACGAGUCCGCACUCCAGCAGGGCAUCGACACGGGUGCCGUGGACUGCUGGACAGUCGGCGGGGUGGAGAUGUGCUCUUACCGCACACUCAAGAGUGGCAUGGCGAAGAAGGUCUCGGACAACCACAACCUCCACGGCGGCGAGCAAAAGCUGAGCAAGGGCGCCUUCGGCGAGGUGAGUGCCGCCCUGGACGACCUUUCCUUCGACUUCGACGAUGCCGGCUCCCAUGCCAUCUGCGAUGUGGCCAGCUCUUCCGCCUCCGGCAGCAAGGCGGCCCAGAAGAUGUUGGAGUCUGGAAAGCUCUCUGACAAGCAGCGGGCCGUGCUGGUGGAAGCGAAGGAAGCCGUGGACAAGCUUCACGGUACGGGCAUGAAAAUGGCCCAGAAGUGCAAGAGUGACGAGGAUCGCUUGAACUUCAAGGCGGUUUUGCUCGAGCUUAAGGACUGGAGCCACAAGCAGGAGCAUGCCCUCGCCUGGGAUGAGCUGCCGUCCGGAGAAGCCAUCUCUGAGCAGUCCUUCGCCGCCUUUGUCAAGGAGCAGGCCGCUGCGGUCACGACUUUGAACGAGAAGGUGGAGCAGUUCCGGGCUUUGUUGAAAACCCGCAAGGAGCUCUGA